AAUUUAUUGAGUCUUCUUUUCUGAAUGCCAGACACAAAGAUUUUAGGAGAAUGGCAUUUUACAAGAGCUACCUGGAAACUUUGAGAAGGCAGUAGUUACAGGUUUUUAUUAUUUAUCCGAGUUUGGAGGUGUGUAUUCUGAUGGGUAAGCUGUUACAUGGGAGUAGGACUUUUGCCUGGGAGAAUGCUUAGUUUUAGUCUGUAGCAGAAGUGGUAAAUCCAGAAUAUUUAUGUAGAAUUAGCUAAUCAUAACCAAAAGCUUGAUUGUAGCUCUGCAGUGAUGAGAAUGGCCCCGGGUUCUUAGGUUAUUCUUUAAGUUAUUAACUUGUUGGAUUGUGCAUUUUUCAGAUUUGCUACUUUAGAAAAUUGUUAGCAAUUUCUUUUAAGGCUUUUACAAAUUCUUUAGUAUGUGUUUUCCUUAGCUUAAUUAUCUGCUAACAUUACACUGUCAGAAUUUACACAUUAGUCAUAAUUAAACCUUUGAAGCUUAAGUGUGGGUGAAUCUUCAGUACUGCUUUAUAUUCUUUGGGAAUGGUCAGCCACUUGUUUCCACAAGAAUUUUAUUUGCAGCAAAGGUCAGAUAUUUUCAGGUAGGACUGAUUUUCAAGGGCUGGAAGCCUUUCUUUGAACUUUCUAAUUGUUUGUGCUUGGUUGCAUUCACUGCUGUUUAAAAUGAUCUUUAGUAAGGAGAGUCACUUGGAAGAAAAAAAUUUUUCAUUGUUAACCUCAUAAUCUCUAUUCCUGGCAAAUUUUCUGGAAUAUUAGAUUUUUCUUUGUCUUCAUCAAGUAAAACAGACCCAUUUGAUGCCCAUUUUAAGAUCUGCUGCUGCCUAUCUUGUGGUCUUUUAACUUCUCAUUAAGCCCUCCACUGGAGACUGUGCCAGAAGAGAGAGAAGAUGAAAAGCAAAUGAAUCAUUUUCUGAUUGUUAGCAGCUCUGAAAAAUGAUUUGGUAGGAGAGAUUGACACUAUUCCGGAAAUUCUUUUGGAUUAUGUUUUAUUUCAUUCAUCUGUGUUGUCUCUGAGAUGUUCCUAAUAGUCAUCAAUUUAGAGGCUGAUUAUCCAGCUAUUGGAUGGCCAGGAAUCUAACUGCUUUUUUGUUUCUUGCUGUAUCUAAGCAUUAAGCAUCUCCACAGAGGAUGUUUAGAAGUAAGUAGUAGGGAUAAAAUUUAAACUGAUCAAUACUGUUUUUUCCGCCUUAGAGCUCUUUAGUGAACAAUUUGAUUUUUUUUUGGACAGUUUAGUCAUUGUUACUGGAAGUGACUGACUAAUAGUAACUUCAUUUUAUUUUGAGUAUCUGUAUCUUCUACACAAAUGUAGGGAGGCUUUUGGGUGCUUUUUAAGAAACAUGGGCUUAUAUAGAUUCCCAUAAUUGCUUUCUUGAAUUAUUAAGCUUGAGGUUUCUUUACAUCUUUAUAUCCGAACAGAACCUGGGCUUUUGCUGUGGAACAGAUUCAAAGGCAUCAUCUAAUUUUCUUUUUAUGAUUGUUCAAGAAGUUAGCUUGUUUUGGUUUAGCAGUAAAAAAGGGGUAAAAAGGAUUAAUAGUGGACAGACCUUGUGUAACAGCUGUAACAUUGAUGAUGUCUGGUUUUUUCCUUUGUCUUUGGUCUCCCAUUUCUCAUUUAAUCAUUCGGAUAUUCAUGGAUUGGAGUUCUUUACUUCACUUAAGACAGAGGACACCAGCCUUCAGUCACCCUAGUGAGUAGGGUCUUGCUAUUUUGCCUCAGGGGAAUUUUUACAAACCCAUUGUGACUGCUCACUUAGACUGAGUUACUAUUAAAUUUGUAAAUAAAAUCUACCUGCUGGGGGGUCUAAAGUCAGUCCUUUCAGUUUCUUAUUUCUUGGAUUCUGUGCUUUGAGUUUCCACCCAAAGGGGUUUUAUAGAAAGAUCUAGACUAGGAGUCAGAAAAUCCAAGUUCUUAAUCAGUUACUUUCUAGCUGUAGGAACUUGAGCAAGUCAUUUAAUCUGCUGUUUCUCUAUUUUGCAUCUCUAAAAUGGGGACAGUAAUUCAUGCAUUGCUUAUUGUAUCAGGAAUAUUGUGGGAGGAAAAGGCCCAUCUUUUUUUAUUUAAAUUGUUUCUUCACUUUGGAAUCCCUCCUCUCAGGUUGUCCAAAUAUUCCUGCAGAAUUCUCCUGAGCGAGCUCUUCCUGAAGUCGGCCCAUUUGGAAAUGUUCUUGCUUUUUCUUCCCGAAGGCCUCUGCUAGUCCAUGCAUUAUGUAGCACUACUCUGUACAGUUGUUGCAUGUUGCCUUUCUUCACAGAUAGAAAGCUCCAAGAGGGCAAGGAUUGUAUCUUUCCUAUUUCUGUGUUUCCACAUUGCACAUCACACCCCCCAUCCCCACAUACACACCAAGUUGACCUAUAAUAAAUGUUGGUUGACUGAAUUAUUUUUGAGGCUGUCAGGAAUGGGAACUUUGGGUGAUAGGAAGAUGCCAAAGAUGAGCCUAGUAUCAAAACUUUUGGAUGACUGGCCUUUUAACUCAGUUAUUUAUCUGUCCGUUGUAUCAGUAACUGAAUCAGAUGCUCAUAAUAUAAAUUGGUAAAGCCUGUUUUCUUGGUUCUGUUUACCUCAAAUACUGAGAAGCAAGUCAGAGGAAUGAAAGGUUGUCACACACCCCCUGAAUUUGACAUUUGUUCCAUUUCUCACCCUAUAGCAUGUGGAGGUCUAUCUAUAUCCAGCUGCUGAGUAUGGAGAAUUAAACCUGACUGCAAGUUGUCUGGUCCACAUUUUAGCUUGUUUUCUUUGAAGAAUGUGCAAGGUGGAAAAAUAGAUGCUUCAGGCUCUGAUUUCAGCCCCUGCUGUGCUAUGCAAAUGUUCUCUACAUGCCUGAGUGACCUUUUUGAGAAAGAGCCUUUGUGAUCUUCUGUAGCCAGGGCCUGUUCUGGGAAUAGUGUGCCAGAUUUCUCUAAAAGUGGGAAAAGUAAAUCUGUUCAAAGACCGUAUAAAAACCCAGUGCUGUUCCUGGAUAAAUACCGUUUCCCUGGACCCUGGGCUCCUGAGACAGCAGCGCUGGAGCAGAUGGAUAAUGGAGACUGGGGCUAUAUGAUGACUGACCCAGUCACGUUAAAUGUAGGUGGACACUUGUAUACAACGUCUCUCACCACAUUGACGCGUUACCCGGAUUCCAUGCUUGGAGCUAUGUUUGGGGGGGACUUCCCCACAGCUCGAGACCCUCAAGGCAAUUACUUCAUUGAUCGAGAUGGACCUCUUUUCCGAUAUGUCCUCAACUUCUUAAGAACUUCAGAGUUGACCUUACCCCUGGAUUUUAAGGAAUUUGAUCUGCUUCGGAAAGAAGCAGAUUUUUAUCAGAUUGAGCCCUUGAUUCAGUGUCUCAAUGACCCUAAGCCUCUGUAUCCUAUGGAUACUUUUGAAGAAGUUGUGGAAUUAUCUAGUACUCGGAAGCUUUCUAAGUACUCCAAUCCAGUAGCUGUCAUCAUAACCCAAUUAACCAUCACCACCAAAGUCCAUUCCUUGCUAGAAGGUAUCUCAAACUAUUUCACGAAGUGGAAUAAGCACAUGAUGGACACCAGAGAUUGCCAGGUUUCCUUUACUUUCGGACCCUGUGAUUAUCACCAGGAAGUUUCUCUCCGGGUCCACCUGAUGGAAUACAUUACAAAACAAGGUUUCACGAUCCGCAACACCCGAGUACAUCACAUGAGCGAGCGGGCCAACGAGAACACAGUGGAGCACAACUGGACUUUCUGUAGGCUGGCCCGGAAGACCGAUGACUGAUCUCGAAGCCUGGGAGAAGUUCCUGGAAACUGACUCUCCAGGACAUGGAAGAGACUUUUUUUUUCUUUUUUUUUAAAUCACAGUGUGGGAUUUUUUUUUUUUUUUAAUAUUUGUAUUUAUUCGAAGGCAUUGAGGACCAGAAGGAAGUUUUGUGCUUUAGCAGACUCCUCUAUGUUUUGUUCCCUUUACCUUGAGUAUGCAUGUGCCUGUUCGGAGCCUCCAGAUACCUUUUUUAUAAAAAGAAGUAUAAAAAUCAUUAUGGUAUAUAAUCUACUCUUAACAGAGCUUUUUUUAUUACAGUGCUACAAUGAUUUCUGAUUAAAUGGUCCCUAACUCAACUAGAAGGCUAAAAAUGCAGGAAUGAAAGAAUAAGCAGAGUACUCAUGAUGCCUUUGAGAAAAAUCAAAACAUCAUGUAGGGUGACCUAGUUUCCAAACCAAUAAGCAGUAUUGUAAUAUUAAAGGAAAACUGUUCCAAUCAUUUAAAAGUACUUGUUAAGUACUGCUUUUUACAGUUAUGACAACUGUUUCUUUCUAUGCAUAUAAAUCAAGCAACCAAAUAUCUGUAGCCAUGGAAAUGUCUGACUAGAAAUAUUUAUAUUGGAUUCUGAAUACAAAAUGUCCCUGUGGUAGAACUCUUACUUCUUAUGCCUGGUGCAGUAUGAUUCCCAAGUGUACUGUCUACCAGAAGAAAAAAAAAACUAAUAAAAAAUGAAAUAUGAAAAU